UUUUUUGAUUCAGCAAACCCCCAAUCAGUUCGGGAUCGAGGCGUAGUUAUUUGGUACAUUCCGCCUUCUAACCCCCAAACCUGUUGGUCAGAAAUGUGGUUUCCCUACUCUUUCUCCCUCAGUGUAUCCAUAUGAAAUUUGACAAGUUUGGAAAAGUUAAUACAUGUUACAUUGAACCAUGAAAUUUAUCUAAUGGAGUAGGUUUCUUUUGUCCCCUUUUAAGUUUAUGAUAUGAAGGUGCUCCUUGAGCUUGUAUGUUGUUAAAUUUGAGAGAAGAUGAUGAGAGAAGUUCAGAUUUGAGAAAAGUAUUUUCGCGCUGCUUAGUAUUUCUCCCUUUUCUCUAGUGUUGGCUUCUAUAUUCUGUAUACCGUCAAAUGCUUGUUCUUCUUGUAUAUUUGUUAGUGUUGCAUGGAAGGCAUGCUCUUUUUUGGUGGUUUGUUUCCCUUCUCAAAGUUGGGAAUUAAAUUCCGGGAAUCAUUUGAUUUUGUGGAUAAAUUGGGGGCAACUUUGUGCAUAUAUUAAGCUUGGGAUAAUAAAUCUGUGAGGUUGUGAGCAGCGUCAUUUGUACGAACGUGAAAUGUAUUUCUUCUUACUAAUUUAGUAUUGUCUACUCAAUAAGUGACGGCAGAAAAUAAUAUAGCAUAAAAUCUUGUGUUUACUGUGAUCUGUGUUAAAAGGCAUUAAGUUGACAUAUAUUCCCAAGUACUACAUCGUGCUAAGUUCUAACUGAUGUGGUGGUUGAUUUCCAUUAUCUGUUGGUCGCUGUGGUGAAUGAUCCACCUUAAAUUUUCUGAACUUACAUUGGGAAUUUGUUUAUAUUCUGAUUUCAUGUUUCUUUUUUGGAUGCCAGGAUGAUGAUAGUGAUCUAGAAUCUGAUUUGGAAGCUUUUCCUCCUGUAAGCAAUGAGACUUCAUUAGAGGCUGCAGCCUGUGUGAAGGUAUUAUUUGCUUCUGGGGCUCCAUGUGAUACAAAUAUGUCAGAUGGAAAUACAAUUGAGGCUCCAUUGACUAUAAGCAUGCCCAAUAGGCAAACAUCUGGAACUGCUGCAGAAAAUUCAUUCCAUGGUAUUUCAGCAUAUGGGGCAAAACUUACAGUCCCGGUUACUGUACAAAUGCAACCACUUCCUUCUGUCACAGCUGCUGAGGGUUUGGACACCAGUGGACCAGGUACAGCCAGCUAUCAUCCUCGCCGAAGACGAAAACCGUGGUCUGCAGCUGAAGAUACGGAGCUCAUUGCUGCAGUACAAAAGUGUGGUGAAAAGAACUGGAGGUGGGCAAUUAUUAGAAAGCGGAACAUGGCCGGAAAUGCCUCACAACUGUCGGAGGCCCAGCUUGCGGCUCGUCAUGCAAUGUCCAUGGCUUUCGGGGAUAAUUUAAGAGCAGCUUGUCCAACCAGCACUAAUGGUAAUUCUUUUAACUCUGUGUCAUCCAUACUGUCGAUAUGUCUGCUUACACACUACUGUGAGAGGAUGGUAAAAAAGCAAUCAGGCAAUACUGCCUAGAUUGAGGUUUUUAAAGGGUGCAAGUGUGUCAUAUGAUGAUACGGGUGUACAAAGCUGUCCAAUACGUUCUCGACCAUUCACACGAAGCCAAGCUCGGGAGUUACAAAAACUACAAGCCAUGUUCAUGCAAAUGGCCGUGUGUGAAUUGGUACUUGAUCCGCCAAAGAGCUUAAAUAUUUUUAAGGGUGAAGAGGAGCCUUGAAGUGUAAUAAAUUACACUCCAAGGGCGCCCCAUAACUGAAGGGUAGGAGGGUCAUUUGUCCUUCAUUUUGUGUGUAAUAUAAAUAGAUGCUAGUAGGGUUAUUUUCAGCACUUAGUUCAUACUUCAUAUUUCACAA